AUGAUAAGUUACACAACUCCCCACUGCACAAAGAUACUGUCCCUAAACUUGAACUUGGGGAACAAGUCAAGAAGUCAACAAAUCAAGUUUCAUCAUGGGAAAAAUACAAAUAUUUGAAUUGAAUCGAAGUCAUUAACCAAUUGUGUUCUGACGUUUCUCCCCUCUCUCCACAGGUGCCAGGAGGAGUGUCCUGUGGGUACGUUCGGCGUAUCCUGCCGCCAAACCUGUCGCUGUGAGAACGGUGCCAAGUGCGACCACAUCAGCGGGGCGUGUCUGUGUGAGCUGGGCUACACAGGGGAGAAGUGCGAGGUGCGCCUCUGUCCCGAGGGACACUACGGCCUCACGUGUGACAAGAGGUGUCACUGCCACGCCCAGAACACCCACAGGUAAUGCCCACUCAUUGGCACAUAUGAUACAAUAUUGCAAGACAUGCAAUACAUUAAAAUACAAUACAAUAAAAUGCAAUACAAUAACAAAUGCUAUAUAAUACAAUACAAGUAACCCAUUACAUAUGGGCACAUAGCAGAUGAUUAGACCCAUAUUAAUGUAAUUAUCCCUAAGAUCAUUCUAUAUAUUCUAUAAUCAUUCUCUAAUCUAUAAUGGAGAUCAUGUAUACUGAACAGAAAUAUAAAUGCAACAUUCAACAAUUUUACUGAGUUACAGUUCAUAUCAGGAAAUCAGUCAAUUGAAAUAAACUAAUUAGACCCUAAUCUAUGGAUUUCACAUGACUGGGAAUACAGAUAUGUAUCUGUUGGUCACAAAUAUCUUGGGUAUCCCCACUGGGGAUCCAAGCACAGCCAAUAAGAAUUCGUUUUUCCCCACAAAAGGGCUUUAAUACAGACAUAAAUACUCCUCAGUUUCAUCAGCUGUCCAGGUGGCUGGCCUCAGACGAUCCCGCAGGUGAAGAAGCCGGAUGUGGAGGUCCUGGAUGGUGUGGUAACACGUGGUCUGCGGUUGUGAGGCCGGUUGGACGUACUACCAAAUUCUCUAAAAUGACUUUGGAGGCGGCUUAUGGUAGAGAAAUGAAAAUUUAAUUAUCUGGCAACAGCUCUGGUGGAAAUUCCUGCAGUCAGCAUGCCAAUUUCAUACUCCCUCAAAACUUGAGACAUCUGUGGCAUUGUGCUCUGUGACAAAACUGUGCAUUUUAGAGUGGCCUUUUAUUGUCUCCAGCACAAGGUGCACCUGUGUAAUGAUCAUGCUGUUUAAUCAGCUUCUUGAUACGCCACACCUGUCAGUUGGAUGGAUUAUCUUGGCAAAGGAGAAAUGCUCAAUAAAAGGGAUGCAAACAAAUUUGUGCACAACAUUUGAGAGAAAUCAGCUUUUGAUGCAUGUAGGAACAUUUCUGGGAUCUUUUAUUUCAGCUCAUGAAACAUUCGACCAACACUUUACAUGUUGCAUUUAUAUUUUUGUGCAGUAUAAUUAUCCUUACACUCUUACAGUACCCACAACCAUUACCAUGCUCCAACCAAUUGCGCUAUCUGUAUAUAGGAUCUAGCAUCUAAUUGUUUUAUUCAGCCCUACUCCUCUCACAGUACAUUGAUUAUACUAUAAUAUUAAUGGUUCAAAGUUUAACAAGACCGUUAGAGAGCACUCAAAGUGUAUGGGUUUGUCUUUGUGUGUUUGUGUUUGUGUGUCUCUGUGCCUGUGUCUGUGGGGUGGGUGGGGAGUCAGACAGUUCCCCAUUGUCCCAUUGCCUGUGCAUUAGAUAAACUGGCACAGCUGGUAGGCUCCAUGUGUUGUUGAGGGGGGAAAUCUGCUCUGUCUCAAUGGGGCUUCUGUGUCAGGUAGGGCAGCUGCCACUCCAACAGGUACCACGGUAAAAACGGUAUUGUGCCACAUGCGCAUGCAGCAAACCACGCCCCCGGCUUUCACAUUGUUUAAUCCCCGCCUCCUGUGAGGGCAUCUGGAGAAAGUUCAGGGGCCUCAUUUAUCAAUCAUGCGUCGGCACAAAGCUGUGCGUAAACCGUGUGUGGCCUCAUUUCCACGCAAAGUGUGAGAUUUAUCAAUAUGAACAUUUGCUUUAGAGUGUGCAGACAUUUACUCACAGCCAUGAACAUGCGUACACACAGUGCCAAGCGUUGGAAUAAGGGAACUGCUUGUCCAGAGUAGAAUGGGGAAAAUAUAUGUUGAAAUUGUGAGUAAUAAUUAAAUCAUUUUUCGAUUUCAUUGUACGUCCAUUGUGAAUUCAUGCAACAUAUCUUGACAUGCUAUAUAAUUUGGCCAUAUCAGUGCAUUAAUUACGAUAAUAAUUCAUAUAAAGUACAGCAAUUUGUUAAAUUAGAGGUAUGUGUGAAAGUGAAACCAUUGUUGAAAUACUAUAAAAGUGAGAUAAUGGGAAAUCGAAUGAGAGAUGGCAGAUCUUGCCCUGUUUGCGGAUUUGGCACACUGCGUUUCGCAGAGAGCAUGUUUUUAGAGACAGGUGGGACUUUUACUGCAGAAUGUACAGAUUGGGUCAUCAGAUAUCAUUUCCCAAAACCAAUGAUUUUUGUGAGGAUUUAAGACCUACUUUAAAAAGGCAAACACAUGCCAUUUCAGUGCACAUCCAAGUGCUAUCCACCCUCAGGUUUUUGGCAACAGACACUUUUCAGCGGGAGCUUGCCGAUCGGCAUCUCAAAGCCCUCGAUGAGCCAAUGUUUUGGAUGCAAUCAUCAGCAAAACGAACAGUAACACAUACAAGUUCCAUACAACAGGUUGAAGUCGAGGGGUUUCUUUGCCAUGAUGCCAUCAAUGUGUUCCCAAAUACGAACGGAGCAAUAGACGGCACCCACAUCGCCAUACAAUCACCAUCCCAAAACGAUUUCAACAAAAGGCUUCCACUCUUCAUGUGCAGGUGAUAGGUUAUGUGAUGCGCAAAAGACGCUGCUGAAUGUGGUGGCCAGGUGGAACGCAUAACUCGUUCAUUCUUCAGAACAGCAAUGUUGGCCUAUAUGCCUACAGGAGGGAGCUGUUGAGGAGGGAUGGCUUAUUGGUGAGGGUUGCCCACUCAUUUGAAGUAUAUUUGCCAUUGCUAAAGCAACUUGAAUUGUCCUAAUGGUUGUCUCUUUGUAGCUAUGUUUUUAUUUUUACCGGUCAAGCCACAAUUGAGUGAGCGAAAUAAAAUAUUUUGGUUGUACUCAAUCUCCAACACCUCUAUUUCAGUCUCUGAAAAGUUUGUUUUUCGUAGCGCUGUUGUAUUUCAUGGUACGGGGUUGUAUAUUCCCCACGGGCUUUAACCUUUUACUACAGUGGGCUAAAUUAGGGUCACACAGAGUGUUUCUUGGUAGUCUUAAACAAAUCUACUUUGAAACAAAAGUAUACAUCUCACACACAAGGUUAUGGGCUUUAAAAAAAAAGUAUACAUCUCACACACAAGGUUAUGGGCUUUAAAAAAAAGACAACUGUACCAUGUCAGAUGUAGAGUUGAAAUGUAUGACAUGUUUUGAGUUUGCAUCCCAAUAUUACACUUUAAAUACAUCACAGAAGACUGAAAAAGAACGAAACCGUUUGACAUAGAAAUAUUAUAUAUAUCAUACACUCUAGCAUAGCUGGAAAGUUUAGGAGAUAAUUUUAUUAGUGUUAAGUACCACAAGGAGUGUUUGAAACAAUGACUGUAUGGUUUGAAUUAUAGAGUCUGUCCAUAAUGGCUUCUGUGACCGCAUGGGAAGUGCCAUUGAGGGCUAUAUCCAUUUUAAAGUAGUACAUUUUCUUCUUUUUUUGUGUUUGAAUUUUUUAAAAAGUUUAUAUUAGUGAUUUACCACCACCUGCAGUGCUGGAGUCCUGAACCAAUUAUUGUGUGUCAUUCAUGUAUUGUGGGCACUAGAUGACGGUGAUGUAGCUUAAAGCCAAUUACAAAACAUAGGCAACCCUAUUUGAAGAAGUAGACAAUGCUCUGAUCAUUGGUUGAUCGCUCCCAACUCAUAGGGUGUUAGGCUAUGGUUCAACCCAGCACUCAGAGAAACAAACACGACUAAGGGAGUGGAAGAAACAAAAAUUAUUUUAAUAAACGUUCAAUUUGUCUUAGUCCAAAAAACAACUGAAGAAAAGGAACAGAGUGGGCUAGUCGGCUCCGGAGGAAGGAGGCUGAGGCAGGCAGGCAGGCAGGUUGGGAGGUAUGUCUGAACUGAAGACAAAACAAAUGACAGGUUAAGGAGAGUAAAGAGCCAGGCUGAAGACAAAGACAACGUCGUAAUUCCGUUCUGUGGGUGACAAUUUCUUGGAGAAAAAAGCACAGGGGUGAAGCUUUUGGUCAGUGGGGGAGCGCUGGGAGAGGACUGCUCCCACACCUGAGUCAGACGCGUCCACCUCCACAAUAAACUGCAGAGAGGUAUUGGGGUGUAUCAACACGGGGAGGUGGAAAACAGUUCCUUCAAAACCCCUACCGCCUGCUCCGCCUCAGGGGACCACAGAAAAGGGACUUUUGGGGAUGUGAGUCUAGUAAGGGGUGCCACCACUUUACUAAAACCCUUAAUGAAUCUACGGUAGAAGUUAGCAAAGCCCAAAAAUCGUUGAAGUUGCUUACGGGUGGUGGGUGUGGGCCAUUCCGUCACUGCCCGGAUCUUCUCGGGGUCCGCCUUCACCUGCCCGCUCUCAAUGAUGAAACCAAGGAACGAUGUAGACUGUUUGUGGAACUCACACUUUUCUGCUUUGACGUACAGCUUAUUCUCCAAGAGCCGUUGAAGGACUUGACGGACGUGUGACUCAUGCUCUUCGGGUGACUUGGAAAAAACAAGAAUAUCAUCCAGGUAUACAAAGACAAAACGGUUAAAAAAACCCCUAAGAACAUCGUUCACCAUGGCUUGGAAUACAGCAGGGGCGUUUGAGAGCCCAAAGGGCAUGACCAAAUACUCAAAAUGCCCCAGUGGAGUGUUGAAAGCGGUUUUCCACUCAUCUCCCUUUCGUAUUCUGACAAGGUGAUAAGCGUUCCUGAGGUCGAGCUUGGAGAAAACUGUGGCGCCAUGCAGAGGUUCAAAAGUUGAGUUGAUGAGUGGAAGGGGAUACUUGUUUUUAACAGUUAUGUUGUUUAAACCCCUGAAAUCGAUACAGGGGCGUAACGACUUGUCUUUCUUUUCAACGAAAAAGAAACCUGCACCCAAAGGAGACGACGAGGGACGGAUUAUGCCCGAGGCCAGAGAAUCACCAAUAUACUGCUCCAUUGCCUCUCUUUCCGGUCGGGACAGAUUGUAUAAGCGACUAGAGGGUAAGGGAGCACCAGGAAGCAGUUCAAUAGGGUAAUCAUAAGGCCUAUGUGGUGGUAGAGACAGAGCCUUGUCCUUACUGAAAACAUCCGCUAAGUCAUGGUAUUCUUUGGGGACAGAUGACAGAUCGAGAGGAGCUGAGGGAUGAGUUGGGUUACACUUAGUGGGGGAACCGUUGACCUAAGGCACUCUGAAUGGCAGUUAGUGCUCCAACUGAGAAUGGUGUGACGUGUCCAAUCAAUUUGUGGGUUGUGAAGAGCCAACCAGGGGAAGCCAAGGAUUAGGGAGGUAGCUGAGCCAGACAUAACUCUUAACUGAAUGCUUUCACAAUGAUUGCCAGAAAUCACUAGGGAAACGGGGGUGGUUUGAUGAGUUAUCUCCGCGAGGAGGCGCCCAUCAAGGGCUGUGACCCGAAUGGGGGUAGGUAGUGGCUCCAUGGGGAUACGAGCUUGUGUAACGAACUGGUGGCUAAUAAAGUUGUCUUCUGCACCUGAGUCUAUGAGAGCUGAGAGUGGCAGGGAAUGACUCUGGAAACGUAAGGUAAAUAAAUAAUAAAAUAAAUAAUUGGUCAUUUAGCAGAUGCUCUUAUCCAGAGCGACUUACAGGAGCAAUUAGGGUUAAGUACCUUGCUCAAGGGCACAUCGGCAGAUUUUUCACCUAGUCUGCUCGGGGAUUAGAACCAGCGACCUUUCGGUUACUGGCACAACGCUCUUAACCACUAAGCUACCUGCCGCCCGGUUACAGGUACUUGUAAUCGGGGAAUGAUGGGUUCAGGAUCUAACUCUGGGCUCGCAAGUAGACCCACCGUUACGAGCGAGCCUUGUCUUUUGGUCGCUUAGGGCAUGUAGCCAGAAUGUGUGUGGCGUCUCCACAGUACAGGCACUCACCCGCCUGGAGGCGCCGUUGCCGCUCUGCUGGAGGUAGUCGAGCUCGACCCACUUGCAUUGGUUCCUCCUCUGUGCUCGGGAUGGGAUCAGGAACAAGAAGCUGCCGGCUCCGGGGAGGCGAGACUCGAGUGGUUGAAGGCUGGGGAACUCGUCCUCCUAGAUGUGGCCGACCGCCUCUCUCCCGACGCCUCUCCCGCAACCGGUUGUCUAGCUUAAUGGACAGGGAAACGAGAGACUGUAAAUCAUGUGGCUCGUCACGAGCAGCCAGUUCAUCCUUAAUGGCUUCAUUCAAACCGUUUAGAAAUGCUCCUUGAAGUGCCACAUUGUUCCACUUGGAGUCCGCUGCCAAAGUCCAGAACUCAAUAGAGUACUCAGCCACACUGUUAGAACCCUGCCUCAAAUUAAAAAGUAUCUUGGAGGAAUUACCCACAUGGUCAGGAUGGUCAAAAACAGUCUUCAAUUUAGCAGAAAAAUCAGCGAAAGUCAAUCCAGUCAAAGUUUGAUUUGAGCACACAGCCUCAGCCCAAACCAGAGCUAUCCCUCUUAACAGCCCCAGAACAUAAUGUACCUUAGAGGAAUCAGUAGAAAACGACAGUGGUCUCUGCCGAAAAAUCAAGUCACACUGAAGCAAAAAUCCCUGGCACUUGUCCAAUUCUCCAUUGAACGGUUCAGGCGACGUGACAGGGGGUUCCCGAUGGAACGAAGCCUGCAUAAUGUCCGAGGAAACAACUUGGGGUGCAUCAAACUGGGGGUCAGAGAGAGAUGGAGAACUGAUAAAAGACAAUUUAGAGACUUGUGUAGUUAACUGAGUCACCUGGUUCAGCAGUUGAUGAUUAUCUUCCAAAAGAGUCCGAAUCAAUUGGUCAUGCUGUCCUAGCAACGUUCCUUGAGCCUGGAUAGCUUGUUGGAAGCUGUCUUCGUUUGCCCCGUGCUGUUUCUCUGUUGGGUCCAUGGCCAGAUCGUUCUGUUAGGCUAUGGUUCAACCCAGCACUCAGAGAAACAAACACGACUAAGGGAGUGGAAGAAACAAAAAUUAUUUUAAUAAACGUUCAAUUUGUCUUAGUCCAAAAAACAACUGAAGAAAAGGAACAGAGUGGGCUAGUCGGCUCCGGAGGAAGGAGGCUGAGGCAGGCAGGCAGGCAGGCAGGCCGGCAGGCAGGCAGGUUGGGAGGUAUGUCUGAACUGAAGACAAAACAAAUGACAGGUUAAGGAGAGUAAAGAGCCAGGCUGAAGACAAAGACAAUUUAACUCUAAUGGUGAGCCAAGUUACCGCUCUGGUAAGAACAACGAUCUGGUGCCGGUGGAGAGCCAUGCCCAGGAAUUAGUAGUGCAGGUUGAUGAGAGAAUAGGAUGCAGCUGCGUAGGCAGGAAUCACUGGAAACAACCCGCAGCUGCACAGGAGAGGCAGAUCCUGAGCAUGCCCCCCGAUCCACUCCAGACACACCCACAUAAUGGGGACAAACACACAUACAGAUACAACAGACAAAGAGGGGACAAAACAAGGAGGAAGGGAAACAGAAAAGGGAGAGACAAGCUGCCCACAUAACAUAGGGAUCCCCACCAAGUUGACUAUUUUAAAAUGGUGGAAGCCCUAAAUGUUAAUAUCCAUGCUGAAAUGGAUUCUAUCCAUUCAGAGCCCUCUUUCUACCUCUAUGGUUUGAACUCAGUAUCCGAAGAGCCAAUUGAUUCAUGAAAAAUUUAUUGACACACUUACUUAUAUGACAUACAAUAACAUAUUUUCUUAGGCUUGGUUUCGAUAUAUCACACAUUCAAAGCACUAUGUGCUUUAUGUUCUCUCCUAUUUUGUGAGGUUGUUUCUAACCAAUAUACAGCAUAUACAGUAUUUAAUUUUGCACAGAGAGGUUUCAUGUGAAAGUCAAAGGGACAUUGACUGUUUUCUGUUAUUACAAUGUUCAGGUAGUGUUACAUUUUCCCAUGCUCUAUAGAGUACCUCUUCACUUUUCCUUAGAUCUUUAUCGUCAAAGUUGUGCUUGCCAAGGAUCAAAAUUGAAACACAUAUAAUGUAAUAUACUAUAGGCACGCUGCCUGGCUGUGACUCAAUGUAUUUUUUUUAUUUUUAUUUUUUAUUUAACCAGGGAAAGCUGCUAGUGGUAAAGGUGAGCAGGCUACAGAGGAGUUUACCCAGAAUGGCUUUAUAAAUGAGCUCGUACCAAUGUAGCUGUCUGCGCAUAUAAAGCUAGGUCCAACCCACCAUUUGGUACAAGGUGCAAUGGUGGGUGAGUGAAUUAGCAUUUGUAACAAAGCGUAAGGAUGCAUGAUAAACAGAGUCCAGCCUUUGUAACACAGAAGAGGCUGCAUGCAUAUACAGUAAGUCACCAAAAUCAAUUACAGAAAGAAAAGUGGCUUGAAAGAAAAGUGGCUUGAACAAGCUUCUUUCUGGCCUUGAACGGGAAGCAAGCCUUAUUAUGAAAAUAAAAACCCAAUUUCAGAUUUUGAUUCAUCACAAGAUUAUCCAUAUGAAUUUUGAAGGACAGCUUGUUGUCCAACCAUAUACCUAGGUAUUUGUAGGAUGUGCCUCCAGAUGUGAAAAUGCUAACCUUCUCUGGCUGAGAGCGAGCUCUGGUAAAGGUCAUGAAUUUCAUUUUUUGUGCAUUCAAGACCAGUUUGAGACCAUAUUGGGAGGUCUGCAGUGACUGAAAGGCAGUCUGGAGCUCUUCAACAGCCUCAACCAGAGAAGGAGCAUUUGAAUAGAUGACCGUAUCAUCUGCAUACAGAUGCAACUUGGCUGGUUGCAUCCCAUUUCCCAAGUCAUUAACAACACAGGAGCUAAAAUGGAACCAUGGGUCAUUUAUUUCACAUAUCAAACAUACAAAACCACAUAAAACUUGCAGUUAAGAACAAAUCCUCUAGAUUUUGAGUUUAUCCACGGGAAGCUAUUGGAAAAAAGUCUUAAUCCACUAACUUUUGACUUUCAGAAUGGCGAGAGCUCUUGAAAGACAAUGGAUUUGCUUAGUCAUUACGGAAAGCUGUGGGUCAAAGGACUAGCGCCUAGCGUAACGUAGCGUAGACUCCACCGCAAUUGCUAGAGCUGCAAUGUGGCUGUAAGAACGGGGCACAGUGCUCUGAGAUCACACAACAUUUGAUCAACCAUGCAUUGCAGUCAGAAACUGUAGGUGUCCGCCAAACACCUUAUUAAGGAAAUGAAAAAACAUGUCAGAGAACUGUAGGGCAAUUGUAAGGCAAGAUAGUACAUUAGGGUCUACCUUACUAAGCAUAAACACCAGACUAAUAAGACACAAUAAAACUCAUUUUUCAACAUUACUUAAUGUCUUAUACAUUAUUCAUAUGCUAGUUGUUCAUUAGCUACAAACACAUUUGAGUGUUGGCGUACUUGAUGUCUACACAAGAUGUCACAACAGAGUUAUCAGAUGAUAUCAAUAACAGCCUAUUGUCCACUUCUGUCUUGUUCCCAGCUGCCACCCAAUGUCUGGCGAGUGCUCGUGCCAGCCUGGCUGGUCGGGGACCUACUGUAACAAGACAUGUACGCCCGGCUUCUUUGGCGUGUCGUGCCAGCAGGUGUGCCAGUGCCAGAACGGUGCUGACUGCCACAGCGUGACCGGGGAGUGCAUCUGCGCUCCAGGUUUCAAGGUAAAACCGCUAUAAAGGGUUAUGAGUGGUAAUAUGUUCCAUGUCCAAUCUAAUAAAGUUACAGGAGCCUAAAUCAUUGAUAACAUCAGUAAUCUGGUGGUAACAGUUGACUUUAUGCAGGUGUUGUAUACUUGGAAUUGUAAGAAAUACAUUACACAAGUCAUGUCCCAGGAUUGGAUUGACUCUGGAGCAUUCAAACAGACAGUGACUGACUGUAUUGACUCCUAAUUCAAUUGUGAUGUUACCUAGGUCAUGUUCAGUAGAGAUAAAAUGUUGUAAAAUGUUUUCUAAGAUGUGCCUUACUGAACACGACCCACGUAUGAUGAAUAACACAAAGUAAACUAAACUAUAGUACGGGAAUGCUAACAGUAUCUCCAUUGUAGGGGUCCAAAUGUUCCACGGUCUGCCCAUCAGGGACCCAUGGGAUCAACUGCUCUGCCACCUGUGGCUGUAAGAACGGGGCACAGUGCUCUUCUGUGGAUGGAGCAUGCUCCUGUAAAGCAGGUAGGUUACUAACAGCAGGGAAUGCUGCGUGUGUUAAGGCUAUCCCAUUCAAGGGAAAUACAGCAGAAAUAGUGCAUGUGAGAAAUCCUAACUAAGAUAUGGACAGAAAAUGUAAACUGUCAUGUGUGGAUCAUUCUACUAAUGCAGUGGCUUUGGGGUAUGACUUCUGGGGAAAACAUAAUACAUUUUCCCAGACCAAAUAAUUUUCUCUUAAUAUCAAUAAAAUAUUUGCAAACAUUUAUAUCUGUAGACACAAGCUAGUUUGAGACAAAUGGAUUCCUCCUCCGUCAAACUACUUUGAUGUUGAAAAUGUCUUCUUCCCCAGGUUGGCACGGAGUGGACUGCUCCAUCAACUGCCCAAUUGGCACGUGGGGGCUGGGUUGCAACCUCACCUGUAUGUGUGGCAACGGAGGGGCCUGCAAUGCCCUCAACGGACAUUGCACUUGCGCCCCCGGCUGGAGGGGCGAGAGGUGUGACCUCAACUGCCAGGUGAGAGAUGUUUCCCCCACAGCCCAUCCCUCCGCCGUCCCUGUCACACAGUGA